AUGGUGGCGAUUUUUGCGGUGGGGGAGGUUGAACGCGAAAAAGAAAUGUUGAAGAAGGUCCCACAGGACGGCGAUGAGGCAGUUGUUGCUGGUGAAAAACGAGCCGCUUACACCGCUGAAGAGCAAGAGGCAGCGAAUGCUGAGCUCCGGAAUAAGAGAGCCGUGCAGCCUGCUGAGCAAUUUGAUACAAGGAACGCAGCACUCAGGUGUCGAAAGCCGGGGGGCGGCCGUGAUUUGAACCCGGGUGGUGUGGUAGUGAUGAGUCAAAUACUAACCCUGGCCAAACAGUACUUGAAUUGUGGCUUCUUGAAGUUAGUUGUAGACUACUUGAAGUGUCUUGGCUUUGUUGAAGGGGGCCUUAUAGAACUUACCAACCUCACUGUGGAUGCAAGUGAAAUUGAGGGACACGAAGGUCUGAGGUACACAUCCCUCUGCGACGGGGGCGGCAGCUGCGAUCCGAACUGGGAUGACGCCCUCAAGGCAUGGCAAGACGAAAUCAAGCAAUUGUCACGAGGAUACGUGGACUUGCAAAAACCUGGUGAUUUAUCUGCACAUGAAUUCACCAAGAUGAUUUGGGCUAAAUCGGACAAGGUGAGUCUCCACAUCCUGCUCUUCAAGGUGCUCUACUUUCCAGUCGACGUGGGAAUUGUAGGGGACUAG